AUGAACUCGUCAGAGGCUGCGUGGCUCCUCGGGGAGCCGUGGAACCUCAGCAGAGUGCUGGAGGAGGAGGAGGAGGACCAGAAACUUUUAUUCGGGAUCGGCAUGGAUAAUUUCAUCACGCUGCUGGUUUUCGGGCUCAUCUUUACGCUCGGGGUGCUGGGCAACUCCAUGGUGAUCACGGUGCUGGCCCGGAGCAAGCCCGGCAAACCGCGGAGCACCACCAACAUCUUCAUCCUCAACCUCAGCAUAGCGGACCUGUCCUACUUGCUUUUCUGCAUCCCCUUCCAGUCCACCAUUUACAUGAUGCCGACGUGGGUCCUGGGCGCGUUCAUUUGCAAGUUCAUCCACUAUUUCUUCACCGUGUCCAUGCUGGUGAGCAUCUUCACCCUCUCUGCCAUGUCCGUGGACCGCUACAUCGCCAUCGUGCACUCCAGAAAGUCGUCCUCCAUCCGAGUGGCGAGGCACGCGCUGAUCGGCGUUGUGGUGAUUUGGAUCCUUUCCCUGGCCAUGGCGGCGCCCAUCAUGUACUACCAGAACAUUUUUCACCGCGGGGAGAAUCACACCUUUUGCUGGGAAGUGUGGCCGGAUCAAAACCAGAAGAAAAUCUACGUGGUGUGCACGUUUGUUUUCGGUUAUGUUUUGCCCCUGCUGCUGAUUUCCUUCUGUUACGCAAAGGUGCUAAAUCACUUGCACAAGAAACUCAGAAAUAUGUCCAAAAAGUCAGAGGCAUCAAAGAAAAAGACGGCUCAGACGGUGCUGGUGGUGGUGGUGGUGUUCUGCCUGUCUUGGCUCCCUCACCACGUCGUUCAUCUCUGGGUGGAGUUCGGGAACUUCCCGCUGAACCAGGCCUCCUUCGUGCUACGGGUGGCCGCCCACUGCCUGGCGUACAGCAACUCGUCCGUCAACCCGGUCAUCUACGCCUUCCUGUCGGAGAACUUCAGGAAGGCCUACAAGCAGGUGUUCAAAUGCCAGAUUGGCACGAGCGACUACCCGCUCAACGACAUCAAGGAGAUUCGCAGCAAAGCUGACACCCCGCCGUCGACUAAUUGCACAAAUGUGUGA